AAGUCUUCAAAUUAUCGCCCUCACGUGUAACAGCAUUUUUCCAAAGUCCUUCCUGUUAGUUUAUGUUAUUUAUAUAUUAAGAGGUAAAUAUCUUUGAUCUGUAAAAUUUCAUGUUAAAGGUUGUUGCUUAUUAGCUUGUAUAUUAAAAUUAUAAAUGUUAGGAGUGAUCCAACAUUCUUCCUAGUUAUGCGACCACUGACUGAAGAAGAGACAACUAUUUUUUUCGGAAAAUUAUCGAAAUAUAUUGGUGAAAAUGUCAAGUUAUUAAUCGAUCGGCCAGAUGGAAUUUAUUGUUUUCGAUUACAUAAAGAUCGAAUCUACUACACGAAUGAAAUGCUAAUGAAAAAAGCUGCUCACGUUGCUAGAGAGAAUCUAUUGUCAUUCGGAACUUGCUUUGGAAAAUUUACUAAAAGCAGAAAGUUUCAUUUGCACGUAACUGCUUUGGACUUUUUAGCUCCAUACGCCAAAUUUAAAGUUUGGCUGAAGCCGAGUGCCGAACAACAAUAUUUAUACGGCAAUCACGUGUUGAAGAACGGUUUAGGUAGGAUAACUGAGAAUACAGAAAAAUAUCAAGGAGUUAUUGUAUAUUCUAUGGCGGAUUUACCUCUUGGAUUUGGAGUAGCAGCUAAAUCGACAGCCGAAUGUCGACAUGCCGAUCCCACAGCGAUCGUUUGUUUUCAUCAGGCUGACAUAGGAGAAUACGUUAGAAGCGAAGAUACGCUUUUUUAGACUUAAUUACUCUUCAUAUUGUACAUAUUGUGUAUGCUACCAAUACAGUCCUCUUUAGAAUUUAUUUCUGUCCUAUAUUGUUCAUUUUUACAAUCAUUUUAUCUGACGGCUUCCUUUCAGAAUGACAACGCCGUCAGAUUUUGAAAAAAUUGCAUCCGCCUGUAUUCAACAUUAUGAAAGCGCGUUAAAGAAAAAAGGGAAGCCUCAUGAAAAAGAAUGGACUUUGUUAAGCGCAAUCAUUCUUUGGCAUAAUGAAGAAAAUUUUACAAUUGCCUCAAUGGCUACUGGAACGAAAUGCCUAGGAGAAGUUGAAUUGAAUGACAAAGGGAAUUUAAUUCAUGAUAGCCAUGCUGAAGUACUAAGUAGAAGGGCGUUCCUAAGAUAUUUGUACGACGAAAUUGAAAGAAUCAAUGAUGGUGGCAUAAGUAAAUAUAUUGAUUUUAAAUCGGGAAAGUUUCGAUUGAAAGAUAAUACGAAAGUUAUAAUGUUUUGCAGUCGAACACCUUGUGGAGAUGCUUCCAUUAUUCCAAAACAGGAAGAAGAGCCGGAAGCUAAACGCCCUAAGCUAGAUAUUCAUAGAACAGGCGCCAAAUGUGUUCCAGGAGAACCUAUGGACGAGAGAGCAUCUGGUAUGGGAUAUCACGUGACGUGUUCUCUUAGGACAAAACCUGGAAGAGGACACCCUACCCGCAGUUUAAGCUGUAGCGAUAAAAUCGCUAAAUGGUGCUUGAUCGGCCUCCAAGGAGCAAUAAUGAUGCAUUUUUUCGAUUUGCCAUUAUACAUUCACGCCAUUGUUCUGGGGAAUUGCCCUUUCAACCAAGAAUGUGCAGAAAGGGCUUUAUUUAAAAGAUUCGAUGGUAAAAUUCCAAACUUGGGAAAAGUUUAUAACAAAAUCGAACCGAUCAUUUACAAAACUAAUACACAAUUUAAUCACCAACAAAUGAAUAACAGAACAGUAGCCUGUGGAGCCGCAAUUAUCUGGUGGAAAAGUUGCAAAGAUCAACAAGUUUGCGUAAACGGCUUAAAACAGGGUGUAUCAAAGAAAGCGAAAGAUAGCCCUAAAUCAAGGUGUAGCGUUUGUAAAUUGGAGUUAUUUUCAACCGCUCAACGACUGAUAAGCAAAUUAAAAUUGAAAAUCGAAUCGAACGAAAUACUUAAAACAUAUGAAAGUUAUAAACAAGCCAGCGUAGAAUAUCAAAGAGUUUGGACGCUUUUAAGGGAAGAUGCUCUAAAAAAUUGGCCAAGAACUGAUAGAAAAUUAAAUUCCUUUUCAUGA